CUACUGCUUACAGGACACAAGUCCUGCUCCCAUGGUCCCGACUGACAGACCCAGCUCCGAAGACCCCAAUAUCUUCGCAAACCAUUGCCUCAACAUGUCUUGAACGAAGGCAAUCUUGAGGUUGCCGGCAGCGACAAGGCGCGCUUCACGUUGAAUAACCAUCAUCUCUGCGAUGGCAUCAUCUCACGCCUGCAUUGGCCACGCUCGCAAGACAUAUGACUCUUGCGUUAGCCGUCUAAACCCCAGCGCCCUUCACCCUCUUCCCAAAUGGGGCUGAAGUCCCUCUAGAUCUUGCAGAGCCAUAAGCGAAUCCGCACAAACGACUCUAAAGUGUCACAGUCAAGUAUUCGGUCCUAUCCCACAUUCGCACCCCUCCAAACUUACCCGCCAUGUCAGCCACUCCCGUCUCGAGCGAUCCGAACUGGACCGACGGAAACUUCGUGAUCACCAGCAGCGACGGUGUCAAGUUCAAGGUCAAGGAGUACAACCUGUAUUGGGCAAGCCCGGUGUUCGCAGAGGCACACUCCCGCAACUUCUCCGGCAAGGAGAUCGAGCUGACCGAUCCCGAGCUCGAGACAGCUGCCAUCCUGCGCCUCUUCCUGACGGUCAUCACGACCCUCCAUCUGCCCAUGGACCAGUUCAAGGACGGCGACCUGACGACGCUGACCAACUUCCUCUUCUUCCUACGCAAGUGGGACGCCAAGCAGCUCUUCCCUUUCGUGCUGGAGUAUAUCCACGCGGCGGUCAAGGGGGCCAAGCUGUCGCCGCUGCACGUCUUCCAGCUCGGGGCGCAGAUUGACGACGUCGAUACAUGCCUGGUAGCGUUGCGCCACACCGCCGGCUAUGAUCCAUGGUGGGGGCCCUGGUGGACGGCUGAGGACGACUACCGCCCGUUUAACGCCUGCGGGUGGUCGCUCCGGUUCUACAAGGAGCACAAGAUUCCUGCCGUCUACCUCCUUGCGCUCAACCAGUCGAUGGGACAUUCGCCGACGCACCCCGACGGGUGGUUCAAGGAGUAUCUGGAGAGGGCAAAGAAGGAGGAGAGGGAGUGGGCCAAUAGGGCUUGGUAGAGGCUGGUCGUGCUCUGCAGUAUCGCUUAGUCGUGAGAUCGUCCUGUUCAUCCAGAAAUUUCGUCAUUAUCAACA